GACUGGGCUCGCCGGACAACAGUACUGGACUGCAGAAGAAUGCGACACAAGAUCCGUAUGUCUGGGAGCCUCCAGCCGUCGCCCAGACUUUGCUGGAAGACAACAGCACACGCUCAGCCAGUGCCCAUCGCUAUGCAGGCUAUGCAACCUUUGCAACAACUACACGCUACGGCGAUGCCAAAGCUGCUGCCUGCGGUGGAAUGCACACUGGGCAGCUCACAGCAGGUUUGCCCUACUACAGUGUGGCAUCGGCACAGUCCAUGUGGCAGGGCUGCUGCUGGUGUUCGGGGCCUGGCGGUGGGCGCGGCACUGCGGGGCUCGGCUGCUUUAGCUGUGCAAAGGGCCGCUUCCUCCAUUCUGCCUACGGCCUGAAGGGGCAUAACCUGAAGGCCCUGCACAAGACCGGCUUUGCUUCCGAGGAGAUUGUGAUUGUGGUGGCAGACCUUUGCCCACACCAUGGUAACGAGCGCUGGUGCCCGCAGUGGCCUGGGCAGCGAAACCAGUACGGCGCUCACAACCACCUGGAUUUCUCCCAUCCUCCACCAGGCAUUGACAACCACAAUUUCGUUUUUACCCCGAUCUCGUGCCCUCACGACCUGCGUCAGCGGUACGAAUCCCUGUCGCGAUGUGUCCGGUGA